AUGAGCCAACGCUGUCAGACAUCGAACCUCAAGCAAAAACAAAGCCAAAUAAAUGCUGGCUUCACUGAAACUAGGCCCAAGUCAAUGCAUGGGUUCAAGAACUUUGAAAAUUCACACCGCUCAUCCGCUGAUCCCAUACGUCAAAAACCUCUAAGAAGACGGGUGUCAGCACGCCAAGAAGUGGCACCACCAACACCAGCACCCACCGGUUAUCCACCAGCCGGGGUUACACCUGAAGUACCAUUUGAAUUGCCUACCGAGACCCAAACACCCGAUGAAGUUUAUGGUCCACCAGAAGCACCUGAGCCACAGCCCGAUGAAGUUUAUGGCCCACCAGAAGCAACUGAACCCCAACCCGAUGAAGUUUAUGGUCCACCAGAAGCAGUUGAACCCCAACAACAACCCGAAGAACCUCAGCCCGACGCAGUUUAUGGUCCACCAGAAACUGAAACAACAUCCACCACCGAGGUUGCUGAAGAAUUUCCCCAGGAAACAGAAGAAGUAGUUCCUGUCGAAGAAGAGUUGGAAGAAGAAGCAGAAGCCGAAGCUGAAGAUGUUGAUGAAGUAGAGGAAGAAGUUUUGCUUAGUGACGACGGUUCCGUCAUUGCCGUUUCCACCACUUUUGAUCAGAAACCCGCCCGUCUGGUCUAUCAACGUUUCCCCCAAAGACGUCAACCACCCACAUCGGUACCAGCCCGUUUGAGAGUGGCUAAGAUCCGUCAACCCAGUGCCAUUGUUUACACAACCAGAUACCAAAGAUUGUAA